AUGUCGCCCUCCGUUCUCAUGGACACCUCUGACGAUUUCGUCAUGCCCGCCUUCAAGGCCCCGCAGUCAUCGAACCGCACACUCCUCCUUUCGCCACCGUCGCUCUCGUCACAUCAAGAAAUACUGACUGGCCUGUUGGAAAUGCACGACCGCGCGCACACCGACUUGCAGAUGUUGGACAGGCUGUCUCUCGGCCUGGUUUCACUCCCUCAGUCCACGUAUGAUGUCAUCACAAUCCUUUCCGAUGCAGAUGGAUCACGUCGUGAAAGUCAAAAUCUGAUCAGUCGGGACAUAUUGGCUUUGCUGGUCAAAGCUUUAAAGAGUGGUGGACAUUUGCGCAGUCAGGACGGGUCUUUUGGGGCAAUGGAUGGCCCAGAGAAGACCGAGACCAUCCUCGCGGGACUUUCUUUCCAGCCAGGAGUGGGGUUCGUGAAGCCAAACUAUGGGGCACAGGACUCAGUCCCUUUGAGAUUUGGGAGAAAGAAGACAUCACAAGCCGCUGGCGGCCUCACCAGCGCAAGGAAUGGCGAGUCUGUGUCGCUGCCGGUCAAUGGCAAACGGAAGAGCACGGACGAUGCUAUUGUGCCUGCGGGUGUAGGAUUUGACGACGGGAUGGAUGAUUCGGACGACGAAUUGAUUGACGAAGAUACCUUGCUAGAUGAAGAGGACUUGAAGAGGCCUAUUAAGAUUCCACAGAAACUGGAAGCUGAAGAUCGAGCUAGACGAGAGAAUGCCGACAAGGCGUUGAACACGAUGAAGUUACAAGCAGACGAUCUCGCUGAGGUCGACUUUACUGUGCAAGGCAAAGUUGGAAGCUGUGGCAACUGCAGCCUUGGAGACGCUUUCCGAUGCGACGGCUGCCCGUAUAUCGGACUACCCGCCUUCAAGCCAGGUGAAGAGGUUCGAUUGCUAAACAAUGAGAUUCAAUUGUAG